UUUGAAUGGAAAACAGAAACUAGAUCAGCAGCAGCAGCCCAAGCUCCCAAUGGUAGUCUAGUGCGUGUAUGCAUGUCUACAUCCAAAGACAUUAUUUGAUGCUGGUUGAUUAAUCCGGUCGCCAGCUUCUACGUCUUGGAACAUAGAAAAAAAGAACUUUUCAAGUUUGCACAUGUUUCCCGGCAAAAAGCUCCACAACGAAACGAAACCAUGGAAGACGAAUCACUUCCCCAUCAAUUCUACGACGAUUCCGAAGAGUUCGUAAAUUUUCCCAUUCGAGGCAUGGAAUCGGUUGUCGCCACCGUCAGCGGGUACCACGGCUCGGAGCGGUUCAAGCUCAUCAAGCUGAUAUCCCAAUCUGGUGCAAGCUACGUUGGAGCGAUGAAUCGGUCCACCACGCACUUGGUGUGUUGGAAAUUUGAAGGAAGGAAAUAUGAUCUUGCUAAGCUGUUCAAUAUGUUGAUAGUUAACCAUCGAUGGGUUGAAGAAUGCAUAAAACAAGGACGGCGUGUUCCCGAGCAGCCUUAUCUUUUGCAGAGUGGCCAAGAAGUUGGGCCCUUACUCUUGGAACUGCCACUUGUCACUGAGAAGGUGAGUCUCUUGCUUCCUUAUCAAUCAAAUGCACACAAUCACUAUAAAGGACCUGAUAUUGAUAUUGAACAAGGAUUGUCUGGCCAUCUCAUUGGGACUCGUUCUCGCUUGCUAAGUGAGAAUUUGUUUCCCGAGCUUGGUACAAGCAACAAUAGCUCUCAUAAAUUAGAUAAAAAAACAGUUAAGAAAAGUUUGAAGCAUGGUUCUACUAGCAGCAGAUGGUAUGCGGAGCUUCCUCUAUCUAGAUUAAUUGGAGUGGAGAAUGAAGAACGAAGUUCUCCUUCCUCUACGCAAUUGGUGAGACAGAAAAGAAGCACUACUUCAGCUGAACCUCCUCGCAAAGGGCGUAGGCUGGUGAAAAAGAAUAUUGUGGAGUUUGUUUCUUCGGAUUCUGAGCAAGAGAGCAACCCAAUUAGUGUUUUCCAUCAAUAUAAUGAUCUUGCAACUCCAUCUAGCCAUUCAGAUGACAUGAGGGAUAAGAAGAGAUUGAGAAUUAGGGGAACGUCUGAUGACAGUUCAAAUGACUCUGGGAAAAAUAAAAAUGACGGCUUGGAAGAUUUGAAUGAUGUUCUUACUCCCAGUGACUUGAAUUUACAUAAUAAGGAUGCACCAGCUACCAUGGAAAGAACUUUAAGGGAUUUGUGCUCUAAUGUCAACCAGAAUUUAGAAGGGACUGAACAUAUAGUACGAUUGCGUACAUCAACAGAUUUAUCAUGUGUUAUAUGUUGGACAGAUUUCAGUUCAACUAGGGGUGUUUUGCCAUGUGGACAUCGGUUUUGUUUCUCAUGCAUCCAGAGCUGGGCUGACCUUAUGGCUUCAAGGAGAAAGAUUUCAACAUGUCCUUUGUGCAAGGCCAGUUUUGUGAGCAUCACAAAGGUUGCCGAUGUCGCCUCUUCUGAUCAGAAAAUAUACUCACAAACAAUCCCAUGUGACCAUUCAACAAUGGAUAUUUUCAUUCUUCCUGAUGUUGAAACACCCAGUUUUGGGCCCCAGCCCUCUACAUCACCAGUUUGUAGUGAAUGCUGUUGUCGGGAACCUGAGGAUCUUCUUGUUAGAUGUCAUAUUUGCCAGAUUCGUUGCAUCCACUCCUACUGCCUGGACCCUCCUUUGCUGCCAUGGACGUGUAUUCACUGCAAAGAUCUUCAAAUGCUUUACCAUCAUAUUCAUUAGUAUGCUUCUUCUAAAAUUGAUGUAUUGUAUAUCAAAAUGUAGAAACUAUUCUUAACUCGGAUUUCAGUUGCAAUUCAAAUUCUGGUGUAUGGAUAUGGAUCAUACUAUUGAUCCAUGAAAUGUGUCACUGGAGACAGUAUUUUCAGUUUAAGAGGGUUACUUGUGACCAAUUCCUUUGUUCCUAAA